UUUUUUAUUCUGGCCUUCUUACCAACCUCGAUUGUCAUUGGUCUGUCUUUAACACCAAAAAAUGGCCAAGAAACGCAUAAACAAACCACAAGCUGGUCAACCGCCGGCCAAAAAGACUAAAGUGAGUCCUCCUGUCACUGACGAAGAGGAGGACUUGCAAGUUGCGCCCACUGCCGACAUUUCUUCACCCAAGACUAUUGACGCGCUGGAUGAGGAGGAUGUGGAUAGCGACUCUCCAGAAAUGGAUGGUGCAUCAGAUGACGAGAAGGAAGAUUUGGAUGAAGAUGGCGCUGAGUUAAAUGAAAGCAGUGAGGACGACGACGAGGAUGAGGGUGAAGAGGAAGACGAACCUGUCAAAGCUGGUACCAAGCGACCACGAUCGGAGGAAGAAGAUAAUGUGACGAGCAAUGGCAAUAUUGUGGCACAUCACGAAGGCAAAGAUAUUGAAUUGGACAGAUCUGCAGUAACAGAUUCUGAAUCGGUCGACACUGCCUUUUCUUCCUUGAGUGUCUCUGAAAACACUGCAAAGGCCAUUGCCGACCUGGGCUUCACAACCAUGACCGAAGUCCAAGCCCGAAGUAUUCCCGCCGCCAUGACUGGACGGGACAUUUUGGGAGCUGCCAAAACAGGAUCUGGCAAGACGCUGGCGUUCUUGAUCCCUGCUGUAGAGUACCUGGUCAAGAUGAAAUUCAAGCCACGCAAUGGAACGGGUAUUCUCGUCAUUUCUCCAACACGUGAACUCGCCCUCCAAAUCUUUGGAGUAGCAAAAGAGCUCAUGAAAUACCAUCACCAAACGUUCGGUAUCGUCAUGGGAGGCGCCAAUCGCAAAGCCGAGGCAGACAAGCUUGGAAAAGGUGUCAAUCUUCUCAUCGCGACUCCUGGUCGUUUAUUGGAUCACCUACAAAACACGAGGGGAUUUGUGUUCAAGAACCUAAAAAUGCUCAUUAUCGAUGAGGCUGAUCGGAUCUUGGAAGUCGGGUUCGAGGAAGAAAUGCAUCAGAUUAUCAAAUUGCUUCCCAAAGAACGCCAGACAAUGCUCUUUUCAGCAACCCAAACAACCAAAGUCGAAGACCUGGCCCGCGUUUCCUUGAAAAAGGCCCCCCUCUACAUCAACGUUGACGAACACAAAGACGCUGCAACAGCCGAAGGCCUUGAACAAGGCUAUGUCGUCUGUCCAAGCGAAACCCGAUUCCUCCUCCUCUUCACCUUCCUCAAAAAAAACCUAAAAAAGAAAAUCAUUGUCUUUUUUUCGUCUUGCAAUUCAGUGAAAUACCACGCGGAACUGUUAAACUACAUUGAUAUACCCGUCUUGGACCUUCACGGACGGCAAAAACAACAAAAGCGAACCAACACCUUUUUUGAAUUUGUGAAUGCUGAGAGUGGAAUUUUGUUGUGUACGGAUGUUGCGGCCCGUGGAUUAGAUAUCCCCGCUGUAGAUUGGAUCAUUCAAUUUGAUCCCCCAGAUGAUCCUAGGGAAUAUAUUCAUCGAGUAGGACGAACAGCUCGUGCAGGCGGCCGCGGUCGUGCCCUCCUCUUUCUCUUACCCUCCGAACUCGGAUUCCUACGCUUCCUCAAACACGCCAAAAUCCCAUUAAACGAGUACCAAUUCCCUACCGCCAAAAUCGCCAACGUUCAAUCCCAACUCGAACGACUCGUUGAAAAGAACUAUUACCUUAACCGCUCGGCCAAGGAUGGGUACCGGUCAUAUUUGCAGGCCUAUGCUUCCCACUCGCUGAAAAAGAUUUUUGAUGUCAAUGCAUUGGAUCUCCAAAAAGUUGCACGCGCAUAUGGAUUCACUGUUCCCCCCUCCGUAAACCUUGUGAUUGGUGCAAGUGGGAAAACAGAUAGAAAGCAGAGAAGAAGUGGAGGUGCAGGCGGUGGUGCUGGGUAUCAGAACCAAAAAAGCCUAGCUAGAAAGGAGCACUUUACAAAAGGAAAUUCAUUCGGUGGGCAAGGCGGAAGGAAAGGCACAGAUGGUCGGCAAUGGACUCGCUAAGAAACCUUGCCAAGUAUCAUUUUACAUUUUGUUUUUAUUGGCUCUUUCUUUUUUUUAAUAAUACAAGGG